UACGGGUCCUUCGCGUCCCUCCCAGUGAUUGUGGGUAAGAAACAACAUGGCGGCACCCAUACUCAAGUGGAAGAGGGUAACAAAUACGACUGGGCCGUGUCCUAGGCCUCGCCACGGUCACAGAGCUGUUGCUAUUAAAGAUUUAAUGGUUGUUUUCGGUGGUGGCAAUGAAGGAAUCGUUGAUGAACUUCACGUUUACAACACAGCUAAUAACCAAUGGUUCGUUCCGGCUGUACGAGGAGAUAUUCCUCCCGGAUGUGCUGCGUAUGGCUUUGUCUGUGAUGGUACAAGACUACUUAUCUUUGGUGGCAUGGUUGAGUAUGGCAAAUACUCUAACGAGUUGUAUGAGCUGCAGGCAAGUCGUUGGGAAUGGAAACGUUUGAAGCCAAAACCUCCACGCAAUGGACCAGCACCAUGCCCCCGAUUGGGUCACACAUACACUCUAGUGAACGGCUCAGCUCAUCUCUUUGGUGGGCUGGCUAAUGAUAGUGAUGAUCCCAAGAACAAUAUACCAAGAUACUUGAAUGAUCUUUAUACCCUUGAUGUGAGAGUUUCAAACUCUGCCUUGUCUUGGAACAUACCAAUCACCAACGGGGAGCCACCUCCACCUCGUGAGUCGCAUACAGCUGUUUCUUACAUGGGCAAAGAUGGAAAGCGCCCUCGCUUGAUCAUAUAUGGAGGGAUGAGUGGAUGUAGACUUGGUGACCUAUGGCAACUAAAUUGUGACACUAACACGUGGAUCAAACCGGAGAUCCAUGGUACGGCACCGCUUCCAAGAAGCCUGCAUUCGGCAACCAUGAUUAACCAUCGGAUGUUUGUGUUUGGAGGAUGGGUGCCUCUUGUGAUGGAUGAUGUCAAAGUGGCAACGCAUGAGAAGGAGUGGAAGUGUACCAAUACGCUUGCUUCGCUGAACCUAGACACUAUGACAUGGGAACCACUAGCAAUGGAAGUAUUUGAGGAUCAAGUGCCCAGGGCCAGAGCUGGUCACUGCUCCGUGGCCAUCCACUCGAGACUCUUUGUCUGGAGUGGACGUGAUGGCUACAGAAAGGCCUGGAACAAUCAGGUCUGCUGUAAAGAUCUGUGGUUUCUGGAGACAGAAAAACCUCCAGCGCCCUCUAGAGUUCAGCUUGUACGUGCCAGUACCAACACACUGGAAGUUUGCUGGGGCAGUGUUGCUACAGCGGAUGCGUACUUGUUACAGCUUCAGAAAUAUGAAAUGCCUGCACAAACUGCGUCACCAUCCGCAGGCCAAAAAGGUACUACUAAACCCAAGACAACAGUGUCAACAACCUCAAAUGCUGUCAAGUUACUGCUAGGCAACAAAGGACAGACCACUUCUGCACAGAUACCACCUGCAACUACCAGCCAAUCAGCAAUGAGUGGUAUCGCAGCCCUUGCUGCAGCUGCUGCAGCAACACAGAAGAUCUCAACCGCUAGCACAAUAACAACACCAAGUAUAUCCAGCAAAGCUAUCCUAGCAUCCUUAGGCACUAGUACCUCCGGUACCACACCUACAGUAAUCACUCUUCCUCAAGGUAUGCGUCUGGCACCCUCCCAGGGAUCAACCUUCAAACUGGCAUCCAGUUCAGCAGGUGGAACGCCAAUUACAGUAAUGGCCAAGUCAACAUCAGCUGCAGGGCUGACGACAGUUAAGCCAAUUCAAAUUAUACAGAAGUCCGGAUUACCAGGACUCAUAGCUGGAACCACUAAAACUGUUACGUUGGUACGCACAUCAAUGGGAAACACAACUAUCGCUGGGAUGCCAAAGUUGAAUUUGGUUCAGAAUAAGCCAGUUAACAUAGUGUCAGCUGCGGCAAAUCUCCUAUCUUCUGCGUCCAGCAUUCAGGCUGCAAAGUCUGGAGUCGGUGGCACGACCAUUGUGAAGCUUGUUUCCACAACAAAUGCCAGUGGCAAGCCUACAACUAUUAUUACUCCAACUACACAAGUAGGAAACAAGACUCCAACACUGCUUGGCAUAAGCAGCAUUGCUCAGCAGGGCAAGACAAUCUUGAAGACCAUACCUGUAUCAUCCGCAACCAAGUUAGGUGGUGGCAAGGGGCCGACAAUUGUCACUGUGACGACAAAAAUGUUGACAGGGACAACCAAUACACGUAUUAUUAAUAGACCAAAGAUUGUUAUCACCACGCAACCGGGAAGCUCAAUAGUAAGAUCACCUGUAGCUGGUAGCGGUAAUCAACCAAUCACAAUCAUCCGUGCUGUGACACCCCAGGGUGGUACUGGUCAAGGACAGACAAUACAGAUCAUUCCAAAGGGAAGCAGCAGUCUUCUGUCCCCAGGUUCCAUUUUGAAAACCAUUUCUUCUGCCGCAGCAUCCGGCAUCCCAGGAACAUUAGCGUCUUCAGUUCUGUCAAAGGGCGGCAUAUUUACAAUUAAACAAGCACAGCCUGCGAGCUCGUCAGGAGCGGCAGCGCAAGUUAUAUCCAAUACAGCCGAUGCUGCUAAGCUGAUCUCAAGCAUAGCUCAGGCAGCCUCUGCCAAACAGGGUGUUGGUAAACCAACUAUGAAAACCAUCACACUCUUGGACAACAAGGCAUUAUCCAGCGUGUCGGCAACACCAGCAGCUACUGUACUCACAACAUCUGCUUCGACUACAACGGUCAUCUCAACUGCAGUCAAUUCACAGACCACUGUGACUCAAUCCAGUAUAGCAACUGCUCCAUCUGCUGUCACAACUCCUUCUGUUGUUACAACCACUGCAGCUGUAACAAUCCCUUCAGCUGCUAUAACCCCAUCUGCUGACGUAACCCCAACUGCUGUUUUAACUACUGCUGUAGUUGCUACUACAACCGUGGCCCCUACAACUACUACAACUAUAGCUGUAAAUCCAGCAUCAGUUACCCCCACUGUUACAUCCGCUACUCAAUCUUCACCAGCUACUACAAUCCCAGUGGCAGAAACUACAACCCCAGCGGCAUCUACUACAACCCCAGAGACAGAAACAACAACCCCAGCGGCAUCUACUACAACCCCAGCGGCAGCUACUCCAACGCCAGCGGCAGCUAAUACAGCCCCAGCAGCAUCUACUACAACCCCAGCUGCAUCUACUACGACCCCAGCAGAACCUACUACUGCCAACACCACAACAGAUCACAGUAAGCAAGAUGACACUACAACAGAAUUGAAGCAAGAGACUGAAAGCCAAGAUAAACCAGAAGAAAAACCAGAAGCAAAACCAGAGGCUGAUAAGGAGACACCAAUGGAUACCACACCAAGCACUGAUGCACUCUCCACUGACACAACUACCUCGACCAAUGCUAAUGAUGGAGCAACUCCAAUGGAGGUUGAUGUAACUGCUGCUACCAAAGAUGUCAACUCUACAUCAGACAAUGAUCCCAAGUCAAUUGCCAUGACGAUAGCAUCCCUGGCUGGAGUCAACAUGCCUAAGCCUGUUUCUAGCUCUGCAGUUACUAAUGGUGUCCAGCAAAUGAAGUCAGAGAAACCCGAAGAACCUCCAUCGUCCUCCAAGAUUGUAAUUAGAAAAGAUGCUAACCAGUGGUUUGAUGUUGGCAUCAUUAAGAUCACCAGUACUGUGGUGAGCUACUAUCACCUGCCAUCAGAGGCAAGUCAACGCAAUGAGGAUGAUAUUGAUGUAGUGAGUGUGCUCGAUCACAGUACCUUGAAGCGACAAGAUUUACAGGCCGGUACUGCGUACAAGUUCCGUGUGUCUGGUAUUAAUGCCUGCGGCAGGGGGCCGUGGAGUGAGAUCUCUGCCUUCAAGACUUGUUUACCUGGAUAUCCUGGUGCGCCCUCAGCGAUACGUAUUAGUAAGAGCUCGGAGGGAGCACACUUGUCCUGGGAACCUCCGACGAACACUGCCGGUGAAAUCCUUGAGUACUCAGUCUACCUCGCUGUACGUAACGCUCCCGGAAUCGAACAGAAACAGAGUAACCAGCUGGCGUUUGUACGUGUGUUUUGUGGGCCAAACCCAUCCUGUAUCGUGAGUUCUUCCAGUCUGACCACAGCCCAUAUUGAUCAAACCAGUAAACCUGCUAUCAUCUUCAGAAUUGCGGCCAGAAAUGAGAAGGGUUAUGGUCCUGCGACACAGGUAAGGUGGCUGCAGGAUAAUCAAGCUGCGUCCAAGACAACAGUCAAACGUCCAAUCAGUGCCGGUGAUAACAGUAAACCAGCAACUAAGAAAAUCAAGUCAGAUGAAGGCACAACAGCAUGAGACAGUGUUCCUAAUUGGCCAAGCAACACACAAACACCCAAUCAGAAGUCUUGUACUGAAUGACCUAUGGUUUCUCACGCUGUCUGACAGUAUGUAAUAUAUAAAUCAGUAUUCCGAAAGUAUCUGUAAGCGUAACGUUUGGAAGCUGAGCUAAAUGUAUUGUUAGCUGCUUCAACAGUUUCUCAUUUUACAUUUUUAAGAUAUUCAGUAACAUAUGAUUCUCCCUUUUUCCUUGUGUCUUCAGGUAAAUUAUAAUCUUGACACAUAUUUCUGCCCGAUUGAGAUAGUUAUGUAGUUAUAUUUGUGUUGGAAUCAAUAAACAACAUUACUACAUUCUCUUUAAUAAGUUGACUGCAAUGGAGAAGGAUGUAAAUAUUCAUCUUAUUUAGGUACAAGUUGUUAUGCAAGGCAUUUGUUCAAACAUUGCGAUGUGAAAAUACCCAAUCAAAUAUUUAGAUAAAUAGGUAAAUGUUCCCAGAAUUUCCAGCCGAAAACUUGUUGCAUUUAAAGCUUGCUUGCCAGCAUGUUUUAUCUUCAAAACAAAUGGCUUGGAAGACAUGUUAUAGCGCCCCCAUUUACAUCAUUUUGAGAGGAGUGCAUUGGUAUAUGGGCGUUAAGAUGUAAAUCAUCAUGCAACAUGUUUUUUUAAUUAGUUUACUUUAAAAGUAAACAUUACUUAAUGGAAAACAAUUCAUUUUGGUAUUGCUUAAUGAAUUGCUCUACAUCCCAGGGACUUACAGAAUAUUAAGUUUUAGUUUUUAAGGUGUAUUUGAUACGAAAUUGAUAAACUGUCUGUAAAUAUUAAAAUGAUUUGAAGUAGGAAAGUUAGUCCCUUAGUAUCUAUCACUUAACACUACCAUAAUAUGCUUUAGUUCGACUAAGAAACUUGUUGACUAUUUAAUCAAAUUAAUUUAACUGUGACCUGUUUUACUAUGUGCCUGACGAGUUUUAUGGUCUUUUAUAACCUGGGUGUAGUUAAUUUCUGAUAAGAUAUUUGUAAGUCCAAUGAAAUUGAAGAAUUUGUUAUUAGAAGUAUCUUUUAUCAGAUGAUUUGGGUAUUAAAAGCAGCCCUUUUUAAGUAAGGUAAUGUUCUUGUAAAAAAGAUGUAACUUGCAUUCUGUUGAAAGAACAUUAUUUUGCUUAUGACAUUCUAUUAAAGCUUUUCAUGGAUGCUCAAACUUCUUAUUUGAUAAUAGAGCACUUUAUUGUGCAAAACUGUUAAGCUCAGUUUUAAGUGAAAACGAGUUGUAAAUAUGUAAAAACGUCUACUUAGGGGUUUCUUCUUAACAAGUGGUCGAGGCAGAAAAAGAAAGAUAAUGUCCCCUAACUGUAAAAAGUUCAAUUAUCACUUUAUUUUUCUAUGUUCCUUAGUUUUACUGUAAUUGCUGACAAUAACAUCUUGUAUGGAAUCUUCAUUUUUUCCUGUUUUUUCUUCUGUUGAUAAAAAGUACAAUAAUUCUGUAUUAUGGUGUGUGAUAAGUGAAGUUAUGUGGGAUUUGGAAAAAAACUGAACAGGAAACCAGAUUUCGAAUCUGAGCAUUGAAACUGUACAUGUAUUUUGUUUGUUGAGAAUUCUACAAAGUUGAUGUUGGACACAUAUUUUUUUUAUUAUGUUAGUUGGUAAGGGAGGCUUGAAAAUGAAAUUAGAAGCAUAUUUACAGUACAUCUGUUGAAUUGAACUAAUAAAAUUUCAGACAAAAAAAUAGGUUUCUAAAUGAAUACUGUAUAUGAUUCAUACUUAUGCCUAAUACUUAUUUAUGAUUGAUAUUUAAUGUACCUAUUUCUUCCUCAUUUCUGAUAAAAAAAAAAUUCUAGACCCUGUUUCAUUGUAACCCUUGACCUGUCUCAUUGAUAUCCACUUGUAAAUAAGCUUCUGUAUGUAUUAUUGUAGUGUAAGUUCUUUUUUUGUAAAUACUAUUUUUCGCAUGCUUUAUAAUUAAAUUGUAAAGAGACCGCCAUGAAAACCCAAGUUUUUAAGGGUCAAAAGUGUCAUUGUCAGUAUUCUAGACUUUAAGAAUGAAAUGGUAUGGAUAAAAGGUCACACUGAAGGACCCAAGGAUUAAUCCCUGAAUUGUCAUUGGAGGAUGAUUAAGUUUUGUUCUAUACUUUCUAUGUAUAUAUGGCCCAAUGCAUGUAAUACUGAGCACACCAAGGUAAUGAUAAUAAUGCUGUCCUUUUCUGUACUAUACAUAUUACAUUUUCUGUCUUCUUUUUAAGAAUUUUUUGUGAUAUUUUAUUCAAAUAAUCUCAUUCUACUAUGUGACUGGUGUAGCAUAGUGAACAAGUCAUUUGUGUCUUUUCAAUAAAUCUACUAUUUCAAGGGAAA